UCGGGCGGGUCACGUGGGCUGCUUUUGGCGCGAAACCUGGUGGCGGCCGGAGCUGCGGAGCGGAGCGCGGCGCAGCGAUGGCGGAAUCAUCCGAGUCUCUUUCCCUGGCGUCCAGUCCUGCCCGGCGACGGAGAGCCAAUGACCCCCUGACCUCCAGCCCUGGGCGGAGCUCCCGGAGGACCGAUGCCCUGACCUCUAGCCCUGGCCGUGACCUUCCUCCCUUUGAGGAUGAGUCUGAGGGGCUGCUGGGCACCGAGGGGCCCAUGGAGGAAGAGGAGGAUGGGGAGGAGCUUAUUGGAGACGGCAUGGAGAGGGACUACCGGGCCAUCCCAGAGCUGGACGCCUACGAGACCGAGGGACUGGCCCUGGAUGACGAGGACGUGGAGGAGCUGACCGCCAGCCAGAGGGAGGCCGCUGAGCGGGUCAUGCGGCAGCGAGACCGGGAGGCUGGCCGGGGCCUGGGGCGCAUGCGCAGGGGGCUGCUGUACGACAGCGACGAGGAGGACGAUGAGCGCCCUGCACGCAAGAGGCGCCAGGUGGAGCGCGCCACGGAGGAGGGCGAGGAGGACGAGGAGAUGAUCGAGAGCAUUGAGAACCUGGAGGACCUCAAGGGCCACUCGGUGCGCGAGUGGGUGAGCAUGGCCGGCCCGCGGCUGGAGAUCCACCACCGCUUCAAGAACUUCUUGCGCACGCACGUGGACGGCCACGGGCACAACGUGUUCAAGGAGCGCAUCAGCGACAUGUGCAAAGAGAACAAGGAGAGCCUGGUGGUCAACUACGAGGACCUGGCGGCCCGCGAGCACGUCCUGGCCUACUUCCUGCCCGAGGCGCCCGCCGAGUUGCUCCAGAUCUUCGACGAGGCGGCCCUCGAGGUGGUGCUGGCCAUGUACCCCAAGUACGACCGCAUCGCCAGCCACAUCCACGUCCGCAUUUCCCACCUGCCCCUGGUGGAGGAGCUGCGCUCCCUGAGGCAGCUGCACCUAAACCAGCUCAUCCGCACCAGCGGCGUGGUGACCAGCUGCACGGGCGUCCUGCCGCAGCUCAGCAUGGUCAAGUACAAUUGCAACAAGUGCAGCUUCGUCCUCGGUCCCUUCUGCCAGUCCCAGAACCAGGAGGUGAAGCCGGGCUCCUGUCCCGAGUGCCAGUCCGCCGGGCCCUUCGAGGUCAACAUGGAACAGCAGGCCAAGCUCAGGGAGUGGAGGCAGGGAGACCAGAGGGAGGUCACAGCUCCAUCCUGUGACCCUCUCUGGGGCCCCGACCACUUGGCCUCUCGCCGUCCCCAGGAGCUGACCGGCAUCUACCACAACAACUACGACGGGUCCCUCAACACCGCCCACGGCUUCCCCGUCUUUGCCACCGUCAUCCUGGCCAACCACGUGGCCAAGAAGGACAACAAGGUGGCCGUUGGGGAGCUGACGGACGAGGACGUGAAGAUGAUCACCAGCCUCUCCAAGGACCAGCAGAUCGGGCAGAAGGUCUUUGCCAGUAUCGCCCCCUCCAUCUACGGGCACGAGGACAUCAAGAGAGGCCUGGCCCUGGCGCUGUUUGGUGGGGAGCCCAAGAACCCAG